AAAUUCUACAUCAUCAUCAUCUUCUACUGUAAAAAUGUCUUAUUCUUCAUUUCUUGCUCUUUGUUUUUCAUUCUUUCUUCUUUUCUCUGCUGUUACUGCUUUUAAUAUCACAAAAAUCUUGAGUAAUUACUCGGAUUUCACCACCUUUAAUGACAUCUUAACUAAAACCCAAGUUGCAUCCACCAUUAACAGCCGCCAAACCAUUACCAUAUUAGCAGUUGAUAAUGCUAACAUUUCUCCUCUUUCUACUCAAUCAUUAGACAUGCAAAAGACAAUCUUGAGCAUGCAUGUGAUUUUAGAUUAUUAUGAUGAUGCAAAGCUUCAAAAAUUACCUAAUAAAACUGAACUUCUUACCACUCUUUAUCAAUCUAGCGGUCAAGCUGUAGGAGAUGAUGGGUUCUUAAAUGCCACAUUGAUGAGGAAUGGGGACGUUGUUCUUGGCUCUGCUGUUUCUGGGUCAAGCCUUAAUUCCAAGCUAAUUAAACCCCUUAUGACACAGCCCUAUAAUGUUUCAAUAUUGCACGUUAGCGACAUAAUAAUGCCUAGAGAUAUAAAUUUAAGCGCAAAAUCAACAUCAGCACCACCACCAUCUGCUGGUGAAUCUCCCAAAAGUUCUCCUCCGUCGCCUAGCAAGGCACCCGCACCGGCUGAAGCUCCUAAGGCAGCGGAGGCUCCUGCACCUGCAGGGUCUCCUCAAGCCUCAGAUGCACCGAUGGGGUCGUCUCCUGAAGCAUCCACGCCAUCAGUUGCUCCAAGUGCAGAUACUCCGGAGGCGUCUUCUCCAUCGGGUAUGGGUCCUGCUGCAGCAGAUUCUCCAUUUGCAAACGGUCCUGCUGCUGCAGAUACUCCUCGUCCUGCUGCUGCUGCAAUUAGCAUUGCUGGAACAGGAACUAGGGUUGCUAUGUUUGUGAUGGCUUUGCACGUAGUUGUGACUCUAGCCAAGCUGAUAUGAUUAUGAUUGAUCUUAGUGCAUGCGUGUGAUUCUCAUUGGCAUUCAGUUAUUUCAAUUCCAUUAUUUGCAAGCUUUCUAUAAAAAUGAAAUUUACUCAUCUAUCCGGAAA